GUACUCUUCCGCGCAGAGUGGCUGUGCGGUUUGAGGUGUCAUGUCACGGACUGCGGAGCCCCUCCCGCCGGAGGCAAGUUAUUGAAGAUAAGUGUUCCUGAGUAGUGGACCCCUUUUUGAACUAAAGUGCAGCACAAAUGUCUGCUCUAUUAUUAUCCGAACUCUCUUAUUUGGAGGACAGAAUAGACAGAUGCUUGGGAAUGGUGGAAAUUUUAGGUGGUGUAAAUGAUACCGUGGUAAAACGUUGUGAUGUUUUGAGCUCUGAACUAAAUUUAUGUCAGAAAUAUGUGGAAGAAUUACAUACACUUAUGUUUAAGUACUCAUCAGAAAUUGAGAAAACUGAGAAACUUCAGAUUGAUUUUUGCACUCUUGAUGAAAUUGUAGACAAUGUCAGUAAUAACAUACCUCCAAUUUUUAAGCGUGAGCCAGUACCUUGUCAGUCAAAAACUGCAGUACCUAAUCAGUCAAAUGCAGUAUCUUCAAAGGUGCCAAAAAAACCACAGCAGCUUGUUCCCAGAAUCAACCUUGUACAAUUUGACGAGUUUAAAGAGACACCAACGUACCUGAGAGGGCGCAUGAAGUAUGAUGAUCUCAAUGAUAUUGUUCAGGAGAUUAACCAGAUUGUUGCAAAAAAAUAUAGCAUAGUCACGCAACAGCUGAAGACACUAAAGAGAUCUGAGCAAGAGCUCUGGAGGAAGUAUAAAUUAGAAGAAGUGAAUGAAGUUAAAGGGUCAUAUUUUAUUACUGAUGAUGACUUGAAAAAGAACAUUGCUCAAAACAAACUGAUUUAUGUGACAAAGUAUGCAAUACCUCUCCUUAGACACGUUAAGAAGGUAUCCGAGGUUCGUUUGAAGGGAGUAACUUACUAUACAUUUUAAUUUGUCUGGAAGUUGUGUGUUUAUACAUGAUCAAAAAUAACAUUUUGUUAAUAUUUGGACUUAAUUUUAUUGGUCACCAUUUGUCAAAGGAUCUAAAAAAAAAGAACUAAAUUGUCAAGCAAUAAAUGCCUGUCUUAAGCUGACAAUAAUUACAAUGGAGAGUAUUUUCAGUGCAGUCUUGAAUUGUGUUUUGAUAAUAUUAAGCACGAAAUAAAGACUUGUUUAUAAUUUGGCAUUA